UCCACACGCAGCACCCAGCACCGCCGCUGGUGCAAGGACACCUCUGCUGGGCUGGACUUCCAAGGACCGCUCCUCCACACGCUCAUCCAUCAACACGCCGGGCUGCUCGGUGCCGAGACCGCCCCUGCCCCGGCUACCGCCACUAAACCGUUAGCACAGCCUUAUCUCCUUUUGCGAGGACACGGGCGCAAUUUUAAUCAUAAACCUGACCUCGCAAAUCCGUUUGUAGUUUUGUAAUGUGGGGCGUGCGUGCCACACAUACUACUAAUCCCUGGAUCCUCAGAGAAGGACCAUGAUUUCUGGGACGGUGUUGCCAGGGGGAAGGUGGCGCCUGGGACCUGUUGGAAAUGACAGCUAAAGAAGGCGGAUUGAAGCACAGGGAUCACACUAACAGUAAACGUAGGAGAUAGCGAAGAGACUCCCUCGUCACUGUGCAGAAGGGUGUGUGUCUGUUCCUUAAUACGUGUCGGCUAUUAGCCCGAGAGCUAAUGAUGAUUUCUGUGUGAUCCGCGACUCGCAAGCUAACGACACCCGAGCUGAGUGGUUGUAGAGAUGGAUACACUGAUGAGUGCGGUGGCGCCGCGCUCCCCAGCCCCCGUCAAGAAGCCGUCAGAGGUGGACUUCCGGUCGGGGGCCGCCCUCGAUCAGCUGUCAUCGCAGGUGUCUGAGCUGGUGCUGCUGGAACAGGGAGAGUUUGGAGACCAGACCGCCUUAGAGGUCCACACUGCCAAGGACUUCAUCUUCAACAUGCUCGGCUUAGUCCAGAAGGUAGACCAGCGCCUCCCGGUGGCCAACGAGUACCUGCUCCUGUCAGGCGGGGCACGGGAGGGGGUCCUGGACCUCAACCCCGAGGACCUGGGGGACUACGCCAAGGGGGCGGACUUCGACCUGGACUUCACACUGCUGGUGCCCGCGCUUAAGCUCCAUGACCGCAACCAGCCGGUCACCCUGGACAUGAGGCACUCCCCUCCCUGCCACUCGUGGCUCAGCCUUCGCCUCUGUGACUCCAACAUCCUGUCCCGCUGGAGUGUCUGCUGCCAGGAGGAGAAUGGACUUCUCACUGAGGAAGACGAGGAAGAAGAGGGAGAGAUGGGUAAAGGCUCAGUGCCCUCUCUGGGCUCCCCUCAGUCGCUGGACGGAUGCUACUUCUCUCCCAGCCUGGUGACGGACUGGUUCUGGGGUGUGGUGAGCGAGGCUGUGGAGGAGCUGAGGCGCAGCCCCCAGAGAGGCAUUCCCAGUCCGGACCGACUGGAGAGGAACGGACCCCUCACCACCAUCAUCCUCCAGGCAGGCUCCAGCCGGGUGCUAUACGACCUGCUGCCUGUGGUGUCAUUCCGGGGCUGGCCCGCUGUAGCCCAAGGCUGGCUGACCGCCAACCACUUUUGGGAUGGUAAAAUCACAGAGGAGGAGGCAAUAUCUGGCUUCUAUCUGCUGCCCUGCUGCUCCCCGCUGGGUGGUCGGCCCGACAGAGAGUGGAGGCUGGCAUUUUCACGCAGCGAGGUUCAGCUGAAGAAGUGCAUCCCCUACCCCAUGGCCCAGGCUUUCCAAGCUGCUAAAGCCGUGCUGUCUCGCAUCCUGGCCCGCCCACGCACAGGCCUCAGCCUCUAUCACCUGCGCACCCUCCUCUUCUGGGCCUGUGACCGACUCCCUGCCGCCUACCUGUCCUGCCCUGACCCCGACACCCCUGGCCGCCUCCUCCUGGGUCUCCUGGAUGACCUGGCUCAUUGCAUCCUGGGUAAAAACUGCCCAAACUACUUUCUGCCCCAGUGCAACAUGUUGGAGCACUUGACAGACAGCCAGGCGCUGCUCGUCGCCAGGAAACUGGCCCACGUGCGCUCGGAUCCCAGCGAGCACCUCCGGGCUGCUGUGGACCAAGCCCAGCAGGCGGGCCAGCUGAAGAAGGAGCUAACAGGUAGCACCAACGGCCACGGCUCCCCCGGGCAUCACCCAGCCAACGGCAUCAUCUCGCCUUCGGAGGACAAGCUGGCACAGCGACUGCAGCAGUUGGUCACCGAGAACCCUGGGAAAUCCAUAUCGGUCUUCCUCAACCCUGACGAUGUCACCAGGCCACACUUCCGCAUCGAUGACAAGUUCUACUGAUACAGAUACUGCUACUGACAAGACGCGUGGGAGUGUGUGUGUGUGUGUUUAGCUUGCUAACACACUCUGAGACGUCACAUCAGAGGGUACGGAGACUGAAAAUCAGGCAGGUGUUUUUCUUCUAAACACUGACGGCCUGGAACUGAACACACUCCUCCUGUUCUCGUCAUAAGACUGAACAAUGCAUCAAAGUCUUGCUGCUCAACUGACUCUUUAAACCAAAAACACACUAUAUCCUACUACUGGCAAAUGACAUCCAAUUUGUCGGACGUCGCACAACAGACCCGAUGUCACCCAGCUGUUGCCACGGAGACUUGCCUCUCCUAACGAGCUGGCCUUAACGAGACUCUACAGCCAGGGCUGCAAAGACAAGGGCCGGCUUCAGUCAUGUGAAAUAAGUCCAGUGGAGAUCAACAGAGAGUGUGUAUGUGCGUGUGUCUGAGAUUGUAUGUGUGUAUAUGUAAGCCUAAGGGUUUUCACAUAUUACUUACACUUCUUAAGACUGAGGGAGAAAAAGCUUCUUGAUUGCUGCGUUUCUCCCCCUUUUGUUUUAGAUCAGAGUGGGCGAUUGGCUGAAUUAGAAAAGAAAAAAACAAGGUAUGGUUGAUGUAACUGAAUGUAAUGUUGUGAGGGGAACCACCGAGUCUUGGAACAAAGAGUCUCUUUUUCUCUGUCGACUAUGUCCGAGCCCUCCUUUACCCGCUUUUUGAUCCCCUUGCCUCUGUUUAUGGCAUAUUUUUCAUUGUUUAAAAAAAAAAAAAAAAAAAAAAAAGAAAAUCUUUCUCAGGUAUUCAUAAUACUUAACUUUUUUUAUGUGUAUGAUUCCCUUUUCAGGUCUUUAAUUUCAUUUCUUUUUUUUCAGUGCCGCUUACAUUUCAUUAGUAACAGAAGUGGAAUGUAUCAAAGAGCUGUGUGUGAGCGGUUUUACAGAGAGACACGCGUCUUCAUAUCUCUAAACAUCUAAUUUUGAUCCAGCUUGAUGAAUCCGCUGAGUCAUGGUCAGAAUAUUAAAUAGCCGCUGCUUCUUCUGAAGGCCUGGUCGCGCCGGGAUUUAAAAUGUCAGAAUUCAUUAAUUCCAGAGGAAUCUGCAGCUGUUAAGACGAGGUAAAUGCUGACGUCUAAGGAAAGGUGAACCAUAGAGUCCAAAAUGGAGGAAAGUAUUAGCUUAUUGGUUGAGUUGCACCAUCCAAUUUUAAAUAACAUCCUCUGUGGGAGAAUAAACUGCUCCACAAAGGAUGGUGGAUGGUACAGUUAUUGUCUCUUGAAAAUACUUGGUGAACCGUUAGCAGCCAAGCUAAUGAGUUUGCUUUCGGACAAUUAUUAAGCAGUUAGCAUGCAGCUCUCUUCACUGGAACUCUGUUGAUAAUAAUGAUGUACAAACAGGAGAGCAAAAUGUCGAAGGGUGGUUUUGGCCAAGCGCACAGGAACUAAAACAGAAGCUUGGUGAGCCAUUGGGACAGGCUAACGUGUCCUGGUUGGUUAGCAUUUCAUCAAAUAGCUUGGCAGUUGUUCAUCAACUGGCCCGGCAAGAAAUCAUUACCAGAGCUACCAACACCAAAUAGUCAACCGUUUUAUUGUUUAAUGGUUGUCAAACUAAUGAACAUCUUUAACUGAAAAAGUGGCAGGAAAAAAAAGAGCUUUGUGAAUCGUUUGUCAUUUUUCAAGCAAAAUUGUCAAUCAUCGAGCUUCUCAAAUGUGUGAGGACUUACUGAUUUUCUUUGUCAUUUAUGACAGUUGAUGAAAAGCAGUUUGAAGAUGUCCCUUUGUGUUGAGUGCAAGCGACUUGCAGCCUCUUGGUAUCAUCAAACUUCUAGAGCCACACAGCGUCGCUGCUUCACUUUCUCGGGUGACCAGGCCUCGGAUAACACUUAAGACUGUAAAGGAUGGGGACAUUAAAUUAAUUAAACUGGUUAAUAAUAAUAUAUAAUAUACUGACUUUCUUAUUGUACAAAGAUGUAAGAGUUAUUACAACACUAAACAAAGUCCUCGAAACUUCUUAAAGUCUUGUUUUCCUACCUGAGCAGACAUUUUGGUCCUUGGUGUUUUGAGUUUCACAAUAGGCACUUUGUGAGGAAUAUAGGAGGGAUUCAAUUGUCAGGAAUGUUUUGAUCAAGUAAAAGAAAAAUGUCUUGAUCAGCAAAAAGAAAGGCACAGACAGAAUAGCUCUACCGUCAGGACUUCGGCUAUUUUUCUACCACAGUCUCGGCUAAGUCAAGGUGCUUCGCCGUGGGCCCGGCAACAUCCUGUUUCACAUCAUGUGCAAGUCUCUCAUUCGAUUAUUUUUUGGAGACUGGUUCUGACUUGACUGAUCCCGAUAAUUGUCCCCCAUCUCCUCUGCUUGGUUGGUCUUUUUUAAUGAGCUUUGCGUGUGUGUCUGUGUGUUUGUUGGCUCACCGGGAGACGAACCACGCAGCAGGACGCACAUGCUGCCCAUGGAAUUGCACCCUCAGUGGGUAUGUGUGAGUCGCUGGGCUCUAUCGUUUCUCACCAAAUGCAAGUCAUCCACGGGGGAUGGAGGGAUGGAAAGAGGAUGGGUGGAGACGGGUCCUCCUUCGGUCCUUUUGAAGAAUAAAGAUGGGCCUUGCGGGGCCUGGACAGUUGCCUCUCUGUGGAACUGGCGCGUCGUUCUCUGCUCAAUUUCACUUUUUCAUCUUCUGGUUUUGGUCUUUUCCUUGCUCUUUUUCCUUUUCUCUCGCUCCUACGGCUCUAAUGUUCCUUUUAUUCCUUCCUCCUCCUCCAGCAAGUCUUGUCCUCUGAGGGUUGCCGUCUUUCUUUUUCUCAUUUUAGUUCUGGAAGUCCAGACAAAGCUCCUUGAACUUGGUACUAGUCCAACCUUAUGUUUACACUGUUGACAGUGAUUUGAUUACGAGCUGUGCACUCCAGCCGGUAAAUGGUGUUUGGAAACAACUACAACCAGACGGCUCUCUCGUCCACUCGCAGCAGUUUAGCGGGUCUUGCUUGCUUUACUUUAAAGGAACAGUUCACUCAGAAACGUAGCCAUUAUCUACUCAACCCCAUGCCGACGGAAAGCAGGGUGAAGUUUCAUAGUUCACAAACCAUUUCUGGAGCUUCACAGCAAAACAGCUUCGCAGCAUUUCCUAACUUCACCUCGCCAUCGUCAAGAGGACAUAAUGACUGAACUUUGAUUUUGCGGUGAACUGUUCCUUUAAUAAACACCACCCGCAAACAGAUUGAUGGUGGACUUUGCUUUGUUUUUACCAAGCACCAAAACGCUGCUUUCCGAUGUUAGUAUAUAUAGGCGGGGUAUAAAACGCUUACAAGCACAUGAUUGGUUACGGUUAAGUUUACAUAAAUAUACAAGUGAUGUUUAUUCUGCUGAGUUGUUUUAAGCUGCUUGUGGAUUGUUGUUCUUUUCAGACAGGCAUAUGCAUUUGUUACAUUAUCUGUUCUCGAAGUCAUGUGCUAACUACUGAGUGGAUGUCUUGCAGCAUCUGUCUUUAUUGGUGUGUGCUUGCGUGUGUGUGUGAAGAGUGUGCGUGUAUAUGAAUUGAACCUGAGGAAAAACCAAAGCGGGUUGUGGCGGCGGUACAGAAUGUCAAAGCGGGGCGUCGGCGUGUGUUUUGAGCACUUUUCCAAGAUAAGCGUAAGUUCUGAAUAGUUCUGAAGAAAAUCGCAGCAUUUAUUUAUUGGAAAAUAAAAAAAAAAUAGAUAAUGUCAUGGCGCAUUCUUAACGCCCUCUUUAAUGUUUGACUGAGAGGGUUGGAGGUGCAAAAUGCGUCUCACUUUGUACCUUAACGGGCCUAGUUAGAGAUUAUUAGACACUGGAAACAAUCAAUGUUUUUUCCUGAACUGUACACAUGGAAGCUUUGUGGAGAAAAAAAAAAUCAAAUCCUGCAUUUUACAAUAGUGUCAGUUUCUAGAUAUGCAAUCAAGCCCCCCUAUGGAAAGGUUUACAGCACCUGCUCUAAUUGUACUCCGGUGUGGAUUUCACUCCAGUUGUGGAGGAAUCACUUAUCUGCUGUCCAGGGAUUGCAUGAAACGCAGGUGACACUCCUGAAAAACAUCUCCGCUCUGUGCUCCUCCUGUUUAUAAUCACUGCUGUUCGUAGGUUCUCCGUGCUGAGACUUCUGAUGAUCCCGUUCUGAGAUUCAUUCAGCGUCCGUGGAUAAAUAGCUGACCAAAAACAAUGAAUGUAUCCUCCAUGUAUCUCCGAUCUGUUCCCGCCUUCGCGAACACAUCAAAUCUAAUUUCUCACCGUUAUCUGAACAGAUGUACUCUGGUCUGUCCUCAAGUGCUCGGAUAACAAUCUGUACUGAAUCACUCCACAGUAUGAGAAAUAGAAUUUCAUAUCUCUUUUAUUACUUGAGUUUCUUCUUUCUUUCUUUUUUUUUUCAAAUAAGUGCAAAUUAUUUUUGCUGUAUGAUUAUAUUCUGACUGAUUUGCUGUAUUUAUUACUGUUACUUUCUGGGGGUUUAUAUUGAUCAAACUUUAAGCUUUAGCAUGAAAUAAAUCACUACAUUUCAAAUCA